UGAAUCAUUUUUAGUUAAUGAGGGAAUAUGCAACUUAAGCUCAAAUUGACUUCAGAUGCUUAGUAGCUGUGUGACCCUAGGCAAGUCACUUAACCACUGUCUACCUCAGUUUCCUCAACUGUAACAUGGGAAUAAUGACAGCAUCUGCCUCCUAGGGUUGUUAUGAGGUCAAAUGGCAUAAUAAUGGUAAAGUGCUUAGCAUAGUACCUGGCACAUAGUAAACACUUGUAGAGAAAUAUUCAUUCAUUAAUAAGGAGUUCACUAGUCAAUGAUCAUCCUAGAACUCAGAAUAAUGAGAUUAAAUAUGGGAAUGAAUAAAAUACCAGACUGUGGGUGACCUACAAGUAAGGUUGGUUAAUCCAUGUCACCUUGUUAUACCUAUUAUUCUUUGAUAUGCAUACUCCCAUUUAGUCAUGCAGAUGAUGACUCAUCUGAGCUUGUCCAUCUUGUUUAUGACCUCAUUGUUCAUGACCAUCAUUCAUGACCUCCAGAGAUUUCCCCCCCAAGGGGUCAACCCAAUAUAUAAGGUGGUUCACUUGAUAUUGGGUAGAUGGCAGUGGAGAAGAGAGGGCUUCAAUAAUUUGUGCCGGAUUUGGAGAUCUGCAAUUCUGAACCCUCCAUUUCUCUGCUAUGUACUUGAGAUUUGGACCACAGUGGGAGUCCUGGAGGCAAAUGGAAAGAGCUGAGGGUGGAGGUCCUCCAAUGGGUAUCACUGAUCAGACAAAAGGAAAUGACAGUGGGAACCAAUGAGUUCUCAAGUUGUCCAUAUGCUGAAGAAUACCAGCCUCCAAUAUGGAAAUCAUACUUGUAUCAGUUGCAGCAGGAAGCACCAAGACCCAAGAGAAUCAUCUGUCCUCGGGAGGUGGAGAACAGACCGAAAUAUUAUGGACGAGAGUUUCACGGGAUCAUCUCUCGAGAGCAAGCGGACCAGCUCCUUGGGGGUGCCGAGGGGGCGUAUAUUCUCAGAGAAAGUCAGCGACAGCCCGGUUGCUACACGUUAGCACUAAGGUUCGGGAACCAGACCCUUAACUACCGGCUUUUCUAUGAUGGGAAACACUUUGUGGGAGAGAAGAGGUUUGAAUCCAUCCACGACUUGGUGACAGAUGGCCUGAUCACACUGUACAUAGAAACAAAAGCCUCCGAAUACAUUUCCAAAAUGACAACAAACCCCAUCUAUGAACACAUUGGCUACGCCACUUUGCUAAGAGAGAAGGUGUCCAGGAGACUGAGCCGGUCCAAGAACGAGUCGAGAAAAGCGAGCGUGACCAGCGAAGAGCACCAUCCCGCUGUGGAGAAGAUUUCCUCCCUGGUGCGGAGAGCAGCCCUCGCGCAGAAUGACAACCACUGCAACUAUGAGAAGACCCACAACUUCAAGGUCCACACGUUCCGGGGGCCGCACUGGUGUGAAUACUGCGCCAACUUCAUGUGGGGACUCAUCGCUCAAGGGGUCAGAUGCUCAGAUUGUGGCCUCAACGUCCACAAGCAAUGCUCCAAGCACGUUCCCAAUGACUGUCAGCCGGACCUGAAGCGCAUCAAGAAGGUGUACUGCUGUGAUCUCACCACCCUGGUGAAGGCCCACAACACCCAGAGGCCCAUGGUGGUGGACAUGUGCAUUCGAGAGAUCGAGGGAAGAGGUUUAAAGUCUGAGGGCCUCUACAGAGUCUCAGGGUUCACUGAACACAUUGAAGAUGUCAAGAUGGCUUUUGACAGAGAUGGUGAGAAGGCAGAUAUUUCUGCCCACACAUAUCCAGACAUCAACAUCAUCACGGGGGCACUGAAACUGUACUUCCGAGACUUACCGAUUCCUGUCAUCACAUAUGACACAUACGCCAGAUUUAUCGAUGCAGCCAAAAUCUCUAAUCCGGAUGAGAGAUUAGAGGCUGUCCAUGAAGUCUUAAUGUUGCUGCCCCCUGCACAUUAUGAGACGCUCAGAUACCUAAUGAUUCACCUCAAGAAGGUGACGCUGAAUGAGAAGGAGAACUUCAUGAACGCGGAGAACCUGGGGAUCGUGUUUGGCCCCACCUUGAUGCGGCCCCCGGAGGAGAGCACCCUCGCCACCCUCAACGACAUGCGGUACCAGAAGCUCAUCGUACAGAUCUUAAUAGAGAAUGAAGAUGUGUUGUUCUAAGCGGGCUGUGUGGCCUCUGCCCGGCCCGGGCUGAUGAGGGACGAGGAAGGAAAACAUUUCUGAUUUUGCCCGGCUUUAUUUUUGAAACAAAGAAAAGGAGUUCUUGGCCCACCGAGGAAUGCUCGUGUCUCAUGGGCAGGUGCCUCUCCUAGAAAGAAUGAGGGAGGCGAAGGAAGCCCUUUGCCGUGGGGCUCUGGCCGUUCCACUUAUGGACAUUUGUUUAGAGGAAGAGCCCCGGAUCAACGUUUCUCCAGCUCAUUCAAAGCACGCAGACCUUCGCAUCGGCCGUGUUUGGGUAUGUGUGAGGCGCCCCUUCCUCGCGGGAGCUCCUUACGGCGUUUCCCACCUAAAGACAAUUCUCUUGAGUCAUAUAUUGGACAGAACCUCUAUUAUAAAAUUUAUUUUUUAUGUUCGUGAAUCCAAGAAUGGUAUUUUAUUUUAGCAAAAGAGAACUCAAUGCAGUGCAUUUAUUAUCACCCUCCGGUAGGCCCUACCCCGAGUUCUUGCUGUGAUCCCAUGAAAAUGUGGGCCGUUCCUACAGUAUUAUUUUGGCAUUCCUCCAGGAUAACCGGCACUUCCCAAGGCAAUUCCAAAGGUCCCUCCCACCCGGUUUCCGACAUUGACAUUCGCGUGUCGAUUUCAUCCUCCUCCCUUAAAACCAUCAUCAAUUUCCAAAGGCUCUUCCAUCCCCCAUUGGAUCUUCCAGUACAGGUCACUCAGAAGGCAAUAGAGUGGGGACCUGGGGGAUGGAUGCUGCUUCUAUUUUGACCACAUGCACAAGUGAGGAGCAUUUGGCUUCUUUCUUCUUGGGAGAAAUUUGAAAAUUAAUUUGUUCAAGGCAAAGGGGAAAAGCCCGUUGUCGUGUCGGUGUACAUAUGAAGGUUAAGCUGCAGAGUAAAGAAAUACUUCUGUCCAGUGGGUUCUCCGCUCCAAUCCAACAGCAUUUAUGGAGGAAGUGCCCACGAUAUACGAGGCACUGGAUCAGGCUUGGGGAGAUAGAGACACAACAAACGCCCAUCUUCACCUACCGGGGGCUCCCUCUGGGUUUUCUUACAAGGAAGCCAAUGGGUCCUUUUCUUUUCCUCAAGGGGAGUUGAUAAGUUGAGUUCUCCCCCAGUGUUUGUUAUUCUUCCCUGAAGGUGAUCCGCAGUCAAAGAUGUAAUCUCAUCCUGUGACUGGUUCUGUUUUCUUUAAGUCAAUCUUCUGUCUUCUGAAUAUGCCUUUUUGCACCUAAAUCCCUACCCAGACAAAAUCUUUCAAAUAUCCCCAAACCACUGCCAGUUCAGAUUAUUGCUGAUUUAGGUUUGUUUUUAUCUUUUCCUCUAAUUGUCUAAAUCAUGUGAUUUAACCACUCACUGUUCUCCAAAUGAUCUAGAAAAGCAAAAUUGACUCUUAUUCCAUUGUGUACAAAGCGAAGCAGAGAGAGAGGACAGAUGAAAAGGAAGAAGAGGAUGAAAAGUGUAUUCUUGAGUCCUCUCCAAGAAGGAGGAGUCACAAGGGCUAUGGGCCUGGGCAGCAUGAUUGCACAGUGUGUGUGUAUGUGUGUAUGUAUGGGUGUGGGUGGCUGUUUAGGGGUAGAGGGUCCAAUGGAGACCUCAUUGGCGCUUCCAUUCUUGGACUUCCCCGUGACUGUCCAGCUUUGUUGUAGUGUGUGUAAGUGUUGAUACUGUCAUAAAAAAAUUAUCUGGAAAUGGUUUUAUUUUGUGAAGUGAACCUGCUUUGUAAUUUAUGAGAGUGUAAAUGGAAGGAAGACACAUUAAAUGUAUUGAGAGAU